AUGCCUGUCAUCUCCCGAGUUGUGUCUAUGAUCCUUCGCGCUGGCGAGUUGGCCUUCGCAGGAAUUGUCGCGGGCGUGGUUGGCAAAUACCUCCACGACUACCGCUCAGGCAGUGCACAACCACUGGCCCGCUUCAUCUACAUUGAGGUUCUCGCCGGAAUCUCCCUCCUCCUCGGUCUUCUCUGGCUCCUACCAUUUUCAUCUGGUUUCGUCCAUUGGCCUGUCGACGUCUUUAUCUCGGUCGCUUGGUUCGCCGCAUUUGGUAUUCUUAUCUCCUUCAACGGAACUUGCGGUAGAUGGAGAGCAACUGAAGCUUUCUCGUUCUUGUCAGCUAUCUUCUGGCUGGUCAGUGCCUUGGUAGGCAUUUGGUUUAUUCGCCGUGAGAGGCGCAAGGCUGCUCCUGUCGCUGGAACCUACACCCGCCGUCGCUGGUUCGGCCAUCGUCGCUCAGCUGUUUAA